GUUGAGAUAAAACCGAAAGCAGACUGAAGACGGAAAGCUAGUGUUAAAUUCCGUCUUCCUCUGUUCUGGGGGAUGACGAGCUUCCUCCGAUGGCGGCGCCAGAAUCAGUAGCAGUCCCAUCGUUCCCCUUCUUUCCGCUCUUCCUCUCCUCCCUCUCGUUUCUCAUUUUACUCUUCCUUUGGGCCAAGAGGCGCAGUAGUUCACGGGCCAGAUGCGGAGAAAAGAACCACCUUGGCCUUCGGUGCGACCUCCCGGCGUGGGACUCUCCGCCGCCACCUCAACGUCUUGACGAAGGCAGGGAUGAAGAGGCGUCCCUGGGGUCUGAGGAGAAGGGCCGGAGGAAAAGGUCGAGGAAGAAGAGGGUAGAGUCUCGCGGAGGGUCGGACGGCGCCGAUGAGGAGAGGAACGCCGCCUCGGUGGACACGUAUAGGAUAGGAGAUCUGGAAUUCGGGAAGAUCGAGUUCAUAUACCCCUUCUCCUCGUUCGCUAGCUCUACGCAGAGGAAGAUCAAGAUGCAGUACGAUGAGAUCGUGAAGUCGAAUAAAGAGAAGACCUUGACAAUGGCUCAGGUAGGACAGUUUAUCAACUGUCUGGUUGUUGCAAGAACUGAAUUGCAGCGCAAGGCAGAGAUCAUUCAGAGGAGUUUUAAGAUAAAAAAGGCCUUGUUGUGCAAAGCUGACAGAUCUUCUUUCGAUCGUCUUUGCCAACAGAUAUGCAAACUGGAGAUGGAUCACAAGAGAUUAGAGGAAGAUGCAAUUGUUUAUAAUCUACUCCAGGAGCAGCUUAAGCUCUCGUCGGCAUAUAAAAUGUUGCUUGAGGCUAGCGAAAACACAGAGGAUAAAAUCGAUUCUGACCAUGCAACGGAACCUCCUGAUAUCACAUUUGAGGAGCUGUUAGCUCAGGAAAAGAAGGAUAUGUUUUGGCAAAAAAAUCGAAAGCUGCGGAAAAUGUGGAAGAUUGAAAACUGAAUACCUUUCUGAUGAACAUAUGAUUCCUGGAGCGGAGUCUAUAUAUUGACAACAUCUGAGACUUAAUCUUUUGGGUGGUAUUGUGAUCUUUUAACUUGUUUUGCGAAGCUCGCUCACUUACUGGAUGUAGAGCUUAUGAACUCGAUCAAGUAUAGAAAAGAUACUACUACUGAUAGCCUUCCACUCUGUUUGUUGCUAUUGUUGCUUAAUACUUUCUUGUUACCUGUUGCAUUGGAAGUUUAGUUUGUUAAACAAUAGAAAAGAUAGUCUCUUGUUACCUGUU